AUGGAGAAGCAGCAGCAGCAGCAACAGCAGCAGCAGCAGGUGCGCAGGACGUGGAUAGGGGAAGGAGAGCAGAGCCAGCGCCGCGGUGUCUUCGACAGUUUGUUGCGCGGGGUUGGAGCUGAGCACAUGACCAUCGAUCAAUGCGAGGCGAUUCGGGAAAUGGACGACUCACAGCUCGUCGGAGUCCCUGUCAUCGUUGCUAAAGCCGACGUGCCUAGGGUACACGUUGAAGUCAGGAAUGUGGCAGCUGUUCCUGAGAUCAGUGCGGUGAAAAGGAGGCGUGGUCGCCCUCCGCGGAAUCAGGGCAAACCCGUGCCGUCCCCUCCUCCCAAGGCCAUGGAGGAAGAGGAUGUUUGUUUCAUAUGCUUCGAUGGCGGCAGCUUAGUACUUUGCGAUCGCAGGGGCUGCCCUAAAGCGUACCAUCCAGCUUGUAUCAAGAGGGACGAAGCAUUUUUCCAAUCGAAGUCCAAGUGGAACUGCGGGUGGCAUAUUUGUAGCAGUUGUGAGAAGGCUUCUCAUUAUAUGUGCUACACUUGUACAUACUCUCUCUGCAAAGGGUGCACCAAAGGUGCCGAUUACUUAUGCGUGCGUGGAAAUAAAGGAUUUUGUGGAACGUGUAAGAAAACUAUAAUGCUGAUUGAAAAUGUACCGACGGAGAACAGUGAGCAGGUUCAAGUGGAUUUUGAUGACAAAUUGAGCUGGGAGUAUCUUUUUAAGUUGUAUUGGGUCUGCCUUAAAGAUAACUUAUUGCUUACUGUAGAUGAAAUACUAAAGGCUAAAAAUCCUUGGCAAGUUGACGAGCUACCUAGGACUAAAAGUACCUGGAAAGUUCCCGCUGCUGUUACGGAUCCCAUGGCAGAAUCUUCUAGUGAAAUUUAUUAUGGUCGUAAUGAAAAUGCCUCUUCUUCUGGCAAUAGCUAUGGAAGCCUGGAGACAAACUACUCCAAGAGAAGAAAAAUUGACGACGAGCCUGAUAUUAUGAAUGGGGAAAAGUCUGUCGGCAUAAUGGAAAAUUUGAGCGUUGAGAAAGUUGCACCUUUGUCUGUCGGCACAACAGAAUGGGCAACCAAGGAGCUUUUGGAGUUUGUUGCACAUGUGAAGAAUGGAGAUACAACUUUCUUAUCUCAAAUUGAUGUGGAGGCUCUUUUGUUAGACUACAUCAAAAGCAACAAUCUGCGUGAUCCUCGCAGGAAAUGCCAGAUACUCUGUGAUACAAGGCUUAUAAACCUCUUUGGCAAAACACGUGUUGAUCAUAUUGAAAUGCUGAAGCUUCUUGAAUGCCACUUUCUUGUGAAAGAAAACCCCCAGCGUGUUGAAUCUCAAGUCACGGUGGAAUUAGCUGCUGCUGUGGGCAAGGCUAGCUGUGCCAAAGUCUCUGAUGUCCCGGUGGUUAGCAAUGAUAGAAGGCGUAAGACACGCAAAAGGAUGGAUGAGAAUGAAACCCACACCAACCCCAAUGCAGAUGAAUUCGCAGCAAUUGAUGUUCAUAAUAUUAAUCUAUUAUACUUGAAGCGUAGUUUGAUGGAAAAUCUUAUGAAUGAUGCUGAUAAGUUCCAUCAGAAAGUGGUUGGGUCAUUUGUCCGUAUUCGGGUUCCUUUUGGCGACCAGCAGCAAGAUAUGCAUCGACUUGUUCAAGUCGUAGGUACUGGGAAGGCAGCUCAGUCAUAUAAGCUUGGCUCAAGGACGACUGAUAUCUUGCUUGAAAUAUCAAAUUUAGACAAGAAGGAAGUUGUGUCGAUUGAUGGGAUAUCAGACCAAGACUUCUCAGAGGAAGAAUGCAGACGACUAAGGCUCAGUGUAGAAUCUGGCCUCAUAAAGUUUAUGAAGGUGGGUGAGGCCCAGGAGAAAGCAACGGUACUUCAUUCCGUCAAAGUUAGUGAUUCGCUGGCAGCAGAAAUAUCGCGGCUUAAUCAUCUUCGGGAUCAAUCAGUUGAGGAACGCCAGCGUAGGUUGCUUGAGGCUCCUAUCGUGCAUUCGGAUCCAAAUAUAGUUUCCCACAAGUCUAUCGAAGAGUUGAGUAAAUAUCCCACCUCAGCAAACCAGAUGGGUUUCAUAUCUUCUAGACAUGAACAAAAUAGUCAACCAGUGGCAGCUCCUCAACCAACAUCUGCAGUUUUCCCGCCAGGGAUACCACUCCCUCGUCUAAUUAGCGAGGAUGAGCUAGAGAGACUUUGGCAUUAUCGUGAUCCAUUUGGAACAGUUCAAGGACCUUUCCCUAUGAUGCAACUUCAGAAAUGGAGCACAAGUGGGCUUUUCCCCCUAGAUCUAAGAGUUUGGAGGGUGACUGAGAAUGAGCAAGACUCUGUUCUUUUAACUGAUGCUUUACUUAGGCUGGUGCUCCAAAAAGAGCCACCCAAGCCUGCCAACAACAAUUGUAUUAUACUGCCUCAGGAAGUAACAAGAGCUGAUUGUGAUGAUGAUACAGAUAAGAAGUUGAGCAGUGGAUCAAGUCAGAAUACUGGGGCAACUCAGAUGGAGGAUAAGAAAGAUGAAGUUGAUGAAAGUGGCAAGUCUGAGAAAAAUGAUUCAAUUGGCAAGUCUGAGAAAAAUGAUUCAAGAGGCCGAAGCAGUAAUGAUGGUGAUGAUGAAGUUGCAAGGAGUAAGGAGUUGCCUUCUAAUUCAUCCAGGUUGACCAUGUUAGUGGAUCUUGUCAUUGGCAAUAAUGCACUAACUCAAGGCGCCGAGAAGUCCUCAGAGUCGACCAAGAAUGAUGAGAAGUCUUGGGUCGAUCAGCAGUCUGAGAUAUGUGGUUCGGUUGCUUUACCUUCUUCCUCUGCUGAAAUUCAUAUUAAUGUCUCGCCCCCCCACGCGAGACAAGUUGAUGAUUUGACCAAGAAUGAUGCAAAGUCUUGGGUUGAUGAGCAGUCUGAGAUUUGUGGUUCAGUUGCUUUACCUUCUUCUGCUAGAGUUUAUAAUGAUGCUCCAGCCCCCCAUGUGGGACAAGAUGAAGAGGAAAACAGAAGUUCCAGCGUGAAUGAUGUGAAUGAAAGUAGCCAAGAUCCUAAGACUACCAAGGAAGAACAACAAGCCAUUGUCGAAGAAAUUGAUAAUAAGAGAGGCACCAACAACAGCGAAGGUGGUUGUUCUCGCCAAUCUUCUUGUCAAAGUUGGCAGCAGCCUCAGCACAUCUCGAUUGGAUGGGAUCUCAACUCUACUUUUCCUGCUAUCUCUAAUACAAUGGGAACAGUAAAGCCUGAACACGAAAUCAUUUUCUCCGAUCUUCAAAGUCCGUUGCCAAAGCAGCAGCAAGGCGAUAAUGGGGACUUGAAAGGUGGUCAGAGUGGCGGUGAAGAAAGAAAACACCCUGCCACUGUCUCUUGUGAUGUGCCUAUCAUUGAUGCAGGUCCUAGCUGGAGCACUACUUCGAGUUUAGUUGGUGGGACACGGCUUCCUAGUGUGGCUGCUGAAUGGACGAUGGGCUAUUCUUCCUCUGCUAUGGCCAAACCUUCUGUCGAGGACUGGGGCUCCAAUCUUGUGCCUGAACCCAAUGAAUUCUCCUUAGUCGAUGAAUCUGUUUCAGACCUUUUAGCUGAAGUAGAGGCCAUGGAGUCUCUCGGUGGAUUGCCAUCCCCUACUUCAAAACUAAGUUGUGUGGAUUUGAUGCCAGUCUCCGAUAAUGAUUGCUUUAGUCCUGUGGAAGAUUUUACCCCGGCUGCAGCUCCGGAUCCUGGAAGUAGUGGUGCACUGAGCUCCUCUGCUGGGGGCAAUAUAAUGCAAAUGCCGUCUCGGUUAUCCUUAUUAGUGGAGGAACAACAACUUGGGUUAUCGAUUAUGUCUUCUCCUCAGCCAAUAGUACAUCAUCAGCAUUGUCAUGAAGAGGAAUCACAUAGUAGGAUGACAACUCAUCAAAAGACUCCUCCUCAGUUGACAACAGCAACUGACCACAAACCACCAGUUCACGACGUAUCUCUCAUGCUUUCGCUUCCCCCGGUAACAAGUGAGUUGCCCCCACUUGGUGUGUCCUCUCCUCCCCUGAGACAACCCGACCAUUCAUCGGCAUUGGGCCCAAUAAUUGGCUUGUCACAGACCGAUGCGCAGAAAAGGCCAUCCAGUGGUCAUUUGAGCAGCAGCAGCAAGGUGGAGAGACGGAGGGAAGGAAGUCCAGAAACCAACCAGGUUCAGCAGUUGAGCUCUAAACAGACGAAGCCGGUCUUAGACAUCAAGCUCCCGCCUGCCUCAACCACGAGUUGUCAAGUGGAAGCCAGGUCAGAGACCAUCCAUUGUCCUGCACCUGCUGGAGUAGACUUGAGAUUGGGGAACUCCAGGGGGCGAUCGAUUCUGGGACUGGCGCCAGGUGUUGCUUCUCAUGGUUAUAAUCCAAGCAGUCAUUCUAACAGCCCAGUUCAGAAACAUGGUGGGGUCACAUCACCAACAUCCGCAGGGCAUUCUACAGCUUCCACAGGGAAUCCUCCUCCCAGUUUGUUGGGAAGUCAGCCGAAGGACAGACAUUCCAGUGGGUCGAGAGAUCACCGAAACAGUCAUCGUCACCACAGCAGUAGAGAUUCAGGUGGCCAUGGUGUUCGGGAUAGGUCAACGUGGAACGGAGGCAACAACAGCAGGCAGAGUUCCCAUGGAGGAGGGUCUUUCAGAUCGCCGCCCAAAGCGGGGCGAGUACUGUGUAGAUUUAUUGGAAGUGGGAAAUGCAAGAAGGGGGCAGCUUGUAGUUUUUGGCACCCUUGA